UUUUGUCGAUCGAGAUAUGCUCAUGAGGUUUCGUGGGGGUGGUGUUGGUCAUCGAACAACUCGCGAAGCCACAGAUGGCUUUCUGGAUGAUCGCGAUCCAUUGGACGUACGUCAUGCCAGCGCUGCAGUAGUCUCUAACCAGAACAAAGGUGCCGAGGGUGAUGAAAGUAACACGGUUGACUAUGUGGAAGGGUCUGCUACUCAAGGCAAAGCCAUCGAGCUGGAUGAAGGUGACUCGGACCAGCCCGACUCAGACAACGACGACUACGGCUACUCCGGAAUUCAGCAGGAGAUUGAAGGGGAGGACUUGAACGAAGAUGAAGGUGACGGAGAGGACGAUGAAGUCGUUGAAGGCAAUGUCGGCGAUGAGAUUGACGACGAGCUGGGUGCAGAGGAUGGCGAGGACAGUGAUGAAGAACUACUAGAGGGUUUCAGCGAGUUCUGA